CCAACCCUUAUAUUCUCCGUUCCUCUCGAAACCAAAAUCCAUCCUCUACCUUCCUCCCAUUCGGCAUCACAGCCUUGCGACGUUGCUGUGACGAUGAUGGAGUCUGAAUUUUCUACCCAAUUGCAGUCACAGGUCUUCCAGAUUCUUAGCUCAAACGACAAUGACCCCAUGGAGGUUGUCUUCUCCCAUUUCUUCUCUCCUGACCAAUCCCAAAAGUCCCAGGCUCUCCUGUUCCUCGAAUGCUCCAAGAAAUUCUACCCCGAUUUGCUAUUCAUCAAGCUCUGCUUCCUCGUACGAUGUGGUCCCAAUGUCGACACCCGCUCCAACGCCAUUAGGAUUCUUCGAUUCCUUCGAGUUUGCGACCUCUGGCCUAAAUUGCGGGAAACGGCGAAGUCUACCCUGAAAGGUCAUUUGCUUGCGUAUCUCAAUGAAGAGAAUUCAAUGCUGGUUUUGAGGAUGUUCUGUGCUGUGGUGGCUGAAACGGUGUGUGAGAUUUAUAAUGGUGGCAACCAAUGGCCAGAGCUUCUUGAAUUUCUUUUAACGUCUCUUGGAAAGACGAGCAAUGACAGGUUUCAGGAAAUUGCCCUUUUGGUUUUAGCGAAAUUUCCAAGGGAUUUCCGGUCGGUUAUCUGUGAUGUUCUGAAGGAUAGUGUUCAGGUUCUUCAUUCGUCGUUCUUGGAUGGGUUGGCUUCGGCGAGCCCUGAUGUUCAAGUUGCUUCUUUUGGGGCUGUUGUGACAUUAAUGCCUUUAUUUUCUGAACCUUCGAAUCCAGGGUUGUUUCAUGACCUUCUGAGGGCAAUGAUGGUCGGGAUCUUUACUCUGUUGAGAAGCUCUCAAGAUAGCUAUGCUUUCAUGGCUUUCAAGGAGUUGAUAACAUUGGUGUCAGAAGGGCAUCAAUUACUGAAGCCAUACAUUAGUGAUAUGGUUUUAGACAUGCUGCAAAUUGCAGAGAACUCAGCAUUGAAUGAGGAGAUGCAUUGUUAUGCCCUUAGAUUAGUAAUCAUCUUGACAGAAAGAAAAGAUUUUAAACACAUAAUAUUAAGUCUGCCUUAUCAGACUAUGGUUAGGAUCUUCUUUGUCCCCAUGAAAAUGCUACUCUGUAUUAAAGAAGAUAUGGCAGGUAAUGAAUUGAAAGGUGAAGAGUAUGGAAGUACUGAGAAGACUAAUGUCUACAACUUUGGAUUAGGAUGCUUGUAUCAUCUUUCAGUCACCCUGGGGGAGAAUAAAGUUCUUCCUAUUACUUCAGAACUGUUGCCACUUUACUUGGAAUCUCCAGAAUGGCAGAAGCGUCAUGCAGGAAUUACAUUCCUUGCUUUAAUUGCCAAAGCGUUCUCAUUUGAAACGAUGGAGUAUAUGGACGAUUCUCUGGGGAUAGUGCUUGAGAAAAUUAUGAAAUUAUUUCAAGACUCCCAAUUUCAAGUUCGGUUGGCAGCUUUCAACUUUAUGGUGAUACCUACAAUUUUUAUCCAAAUGUUGCAACUGUUUUAUCAUUCUAGGCUUUUGCCUGCAUUUGUCACGGCACUUGACACUGAACAGAAUGACACAGUAAAGGAACAUGCUGCUUCUGCAAUGCUAUACUUCCUAAAGAACACUCUUCCAGAUAGCUUUUUCUGGUAUCCGGACUCGGAUACUGUAAUAAGGAAGUUGCUGGUAUUGUUGCAGGGUGAUGUGACUCCUAAACAAAAAAGUAUUCUUUUGUCAACUGUUAAUAUUGUUGCAGAGCGGUGUGCUACAAUGGCUUUAGACAGGUACUAUGUUAAUUAUCUUCCGAUCUUACUAGAAGCGUGCAGUGACGAGAAUUCUGAAGUUAAAGAGGAGGCAACACGGGGAAUUCGAAUUUUGGCGGAGUCUGGAUCACUGCAAUUCAAGCCUUUCAUCAAUGGGAUACUGUCUAAACUCAGCAUUUUGAUGCAACAUCCAAACCAACCACUUCUGGAGAAUGCAAAAGCAAAUGAUAUUGCAGUCUCUGCUCUAGGAAGAAUCUGUAUAUGCCACCGUGACAGCAUUGAUGCUUCAAAACUUGUUCCUGUCUGGUUAAGCCUCCUGCCCCUUAAAAAUGAUUUGAGUGAGGCCAAGAUUAUGCAUGAACAGCUCUGUUUAAUGGUUUCAAGGUCAGAUAACGAUCUUUUUGGCCCAGGAAAUCAAAAUCUUGUCAAGAUCAUUGCAGUAUUUGUUGAGGUUAUUGAUAAGGGAAACAGAUUAGCUACACCAGAAACUGUCAAGAAGAUGAGUCAUUUGCUGAGGGAGUUUGGAAUGGCCAUUCCUCGCAGUUCUUGGGACUUGAUGUUGUUAUCAUUGAAUGCCCAACAACAGCAAUUGUUGUUGUCCAUGAUCACGAUUUCUUAGGUGCAGCGGCUCCAGCUCGGCCUUCGAGAAGGAGACGAACCCACACUCUCUGCUCAGAAACGAAUCGGCGGGAGGGUUUAUAUACGCCGGGGGUAAUCCUUCCUUCUGUUGUGACCCAUUCUAAUGUCGGCAAGGAAUUUGAUGGCCAUUGCUUCGAAGGGUCCUGUUACCAAAACCCUUUUUAAUGGCCAUUCGACCCCUUUCUGCUGCAAUCAUUUCUUCACCGAGGUUCGAUCGUUGGUUGAAGUAAUGAAUCUGCAAGUUCAGCUAUUUCUACAAUGGAGGGGCUUUCAGUAUGAGAGAGACCGGUCUUGGCGGGAAGGCAUUGCGUCUUCAUGGUGGAGAUCUGGUGGUAGCACAGUAGCAGAAUCAGACUGGAAGAUGGCUCCAGUGUGAAAAUAUAAUUACCAAUAUGCCCAUUUGACUAUGUUGACUUGCAUACUUGGCAUGCCAAUUUGGCAAUGUCAACUCAAAACAAAUUAACUGCCGGAUUGUUUCCAAUUUGAUUGUUUAAGGAUUAAAAUAUACAAAAAAAUAAGUUUAGAUUCAAAUUGCUAUUCAGCCUAUAAUUUAAAUUUCGGA